AUGGUCCACAAAGUCCUCUUCUGGAGCGGCUUCGGCAUUGCUGUCCGCCUUUGGCAACUCGGAAUCGAGAUGCGUCCCAUCCUCGCCAAGGAGUCCCUCUGGGUGUACCCUCUUUUCGCCGGUGUUGGUGGCAGCUUCGGCUACUGGAUGCAGGGUGUUGAGAACCGUCAACUCAAGAUGCUCGCUCAGCGACGAGAGGCGAUCCUCGAGAAGCGCCGACGACGAGAUGAGCGCGAAGGAAUUAGCAAGGCUGAGGAGGGUGCUGUUCUGGCCACCGCCUCAUAA